CAGGCUGGGCAGGCAUUGUGUGCAUUUCCGAAAGUAAAUUAUCAUAUAUAUGAAAAACUACACGGAGUUUUUCAUGUUUUUUAAUAUCCUUCUGAUAAGACGACAUUUAGAACCUGUGUAUUAGUAUUUAUUUGCAUUGUUUUUUACCAAUAAGGUAGGCAGAACGCUUUACGAAACGACUUGCUUGACAGAUAUUGCGUCUAUUUUGACACGCAAAUCUUGCGACAAGAUUAAAAUGGCGGGUCCUUAUAAUUAUUCGUAUAUUUUUAAAUAUAUAAUAAUAGGUGAUAUGGGUGUUGGAAAAUCUUGUCUGUUGCACCAAUUCACUGAGAAGAAAUUUAUGGCUGACUGCCCACAUACCAUUGGUGUUGAAUUUGGUACAAGAAUUAUAGAAGUAUCAGGCCAAAAGAUAAAAUUACAAAUUUGGGAUACUGCUGGUCAGGAACGAUUCAGAGCUGUGACUCGUUCGUAUUAUAGAGGUGCUGCUGGAGCUUUAAUGGUUUAUGAUGUUACUCGCAGGUCGACAUACAAUCACUUGAGUAGUUGGCUUACAGACACUCGAAAUUUAACCAAUCCAAGUACUGUGAUAUUUUUAAUAGGCAACAAAAGUGAUUUAGAAGCACAGAGAGAAAUUUCUUAUGAGGAGGCCAAACAAUUUGCUGAUGAUAAUGGCCUAAUGUUUGUGGAAACAAGUGCUAAAUCAGGCCAAAAUGUUGAAGAGGCAUUUUUAGAAACUGCUAAAAAAAUAUACCAAAGCAUUCAAGACGGUCGUUUGGAUUUGAAUGCGGCUGAAUCUGGUGUUCAACACAAGCCUCCCAUUCAACCAGGUCGCACAACUCAACCAGCAAUUAAUGGCAAGGAAAACUGCUCUUGUUAGAGUAGUAAUAAAUAUAGAUAUAAAAAGACAAAUAUUUGCAUUAAAGUACAGGUCAUCUCAAACAGGAAGAGUUAGAACCAAAAAAGGUAUGAUUGGUUUAAUAAGAUUCUAUUUAUUAUCUUUAAAUGAUAUGCAACACUCUUUAUAUGGGAAUUUAUAUUACAUGUUUAU